GACACCAUGAUCCGCCACGACCAUUCCCGAGUUGACACUAAACGCCGCGCAAAUCUUGACUACAAGAAACGGCAAUUCGCCAAGGCGGAGUUCCAGCAACAGAACUAUGAGCACCGACUCAACUUCUACGUCCUCCCACCCACGGCUGAGAUUACACUCGACGAGUUUGAGACAUGGGCAAUCAACAGACUGAAAGUGCUCUCCGAACUCGAAGCAUGCAGUUUCCGCAACAAAAGCCCAGAAGAAACGGCCGAAUACAUGAAGAGCAUACUGGACAAAUACCUGCCGCUUCGAUCAGACUCGUCAAGAAGCCAGAAGCUGCAAGAAGAGAGGCGAAGAGACCACUACUCACACUUCAUACUACGGCUUGCGUUUUCGUCCACGGAAGAUCUUCGACGCCGAUUCUCACGGUUGGAAACGAUGCUGUUCACACUGCGCUUCAAAGAUGACGAUUUGCGAGAGCGCCAAAGUUUCGUCAAGAGUCUAAACUUGGAGUGGGAAGAGGUCAAGGAGGACGAGAAGCGCGAGUUGAAAGACGAGCUACAUGCCGCGAGCGGGAUCAAGAAGACUGAGGAUCAGGAGUGGUUCAAGGUCGACUGGGAAAAGGUGCCAGAACUCGUCGCACAGAGAAAGGUGCUGCUGAAGAGAGGCAUGGCAUACGUGCCACAGCGAGAACAGAUGAGUCUGGUCGUGGCCGAGUUCACAAAGAGAUUGGAUGAGGCGCUUGAGCUGACAGCACGAGCGCUUCCUCGUCUCGACGAAGACGACCGCCUUGCACCCAUCCUUGCCCACCUUUCCCAGUCUUUCACGGCGCCCGAUGCCGCAUACUCGACAUCUGAUGCAAACAUUGACGGUCUCUCUACAAUCACCGCCAACAGCAUCGACACACUGUCACAAAACUUCCCGCUUUGCAUGCGCAAUCUGCACCAGACGUUGCGCGAAAACUCACAUCUCAAGCACUUUGGCCGUUUGCAAUACACUCUGUUCCUGAAAGGCAUAGGACUGAGCCUGGACGAGUGUUUGGUGUUCUGGCGGCGAAGCUUCAAGCUAAUAACGGAUGAAAAAUUCCAAAAAGAGUACAAGUACAACAUCCGCCACGCCUAUGGCGACGUGGGUGGCGAUGCGAACCGUCGUGGCCGCGGUUACACGCCAUACUCAUGCCAGAAACUUCUUACAGAACCCCUUCCUGGACCAGGUCAAUCUCAUGGCUGCCCGUAUCGCACAUUCACACCAGACAACCUCCUCACGCUCCUCCAGCGAGUUGGCGUGACCGACCGCGAUGUUCUCAAGACUGUCAAAGACGACAUGGUCAAGCAGAGGUACCACGUAGCAUGCAACCGUGUCUUUGAAUGGAGUCACAAGAAAGAAAUCAAAAAGGUCAAGGAUGAGGGCAGUUGGAGCAACAAUGAUCUGGAUACCAUUGUGCAUCCCAAUACGUACUUCAAGAGGAGUUGGUUGCUGAAGCAUCUCGGAGAGGGCAACGCGGGCAUUGUUAAUGGGGGGGACAAGAUGGAGGAGUAG